AUGUUACAACAAAAUCAAAUAUCCAACUUGCUUAAAUCAGCACUACAGUCGCCUACCUCGUCAACCACUCCCAACUUCCACCCUAUAUCAAUCUCACUAUUGUCCAACCACGGUAACCCACUAAUUUCACUCACCACUAAACAGUUUCCUAAGCAACAAGAACAAGUACAGGCAAAGCAAGUAGUAAGUGACCGCCAAUGGCAACCACAGCCUCCACUGCAGCUUCAUUCCUCGCACAGUUCCAACGCCGGCACACCAACAACAACGACAUCAGCAGCGGCGGCAUUAGGAGGUGGUGGAGCACCAGGAGACGAGCACGGACAGGGUCACAGCACCAAAAAAGGAGCACCAGCAUCACUAAGCACUGACUCGCAAAGUGGUGGAGUAUCUACAAUUGCAUUGGACCAAUUGAAGAUCUAUUCGUUGGUUGCUUACAACUCCUGCUUUCAAUCACCAGCCGCCACGACCGACGCAGGUGGAUUAUCUAGUGAUGUCAACAACUGGUCGAUUGUGGACUUUGGCAAUGUGAGAUGCAUCAUAUCGAAAAUUGACCUCUCCAACCAAUUUGAGUCGAAUAAUCAUAAUGGUGGAUCACAACAUCGAAACGACAACGGACAAGAUAUUAAACGCGGUGAUAACCAGAUAUCAGCUACUGACUACAAUGACGCUGACAAUGACGAUGAUGAAGUUGAAAGCUAUCAGGAACAUUCAUUUAGGGGAUAUUUUGUCGUUUUAUUCUAUCAAGCAAAGCAGUCGUCAGUGAAACAGAGUACCGAUUCGAGUAGCGAGGUUGAAGCGGAGGCUGAUGCUGUCGCCAAGAUCAAAAUUGAUGCCGUUACGAAUGCGUUGAGAGAGGGGUUGACAGGGUAUCGCGAGCCACAGCUUACGUACUGA